AAGUGACUUGAAAAGUGUAGGCAUUGUUCUAGGGUUCUUUUGGGGAGCUUCGCGAUUUGGCGAUGGAUAGAUGAUGCAUUCCCCCGUGAAAAUCCAGAAAACUCGCUACAGUGGGAACAGUAAGAUUUCCAUCAGCAUGUAGCAUUCUGGAUCGAUGGAAGGAACUACAUGGUAGCUGCGGCAGGCAACGCAAUUUCCUUGAGAGAUGUAUCAUUGCGAGAAAACAAUUCCAAUGCUCUCUCCGAGCGUCGCAGAUGCAGGAAUACAAACUCGCAACCCAGGGAAACUUGUAGCUUCGAUGAUCAACGAGCAUUCAACUCCAACAACUUCAACAACUUGAAGAGAAAAGAUAGUACGACACGAACGAGCACUCAAGCGAUCCUCGCGACACUAAAGUCUUGCGGCAGUGAGGAGGAACUUGAACAAGUGCUCAACAAAUGCGGAUGAGGUGCUCUCUUCCCAAUUCUUCAAGAUAACGCUUUCCUGGCCAACACGUCAUGGGAACCUGGACGAAGCUCGGUGAGUUUUCGACGGCAUGAAGCAGCGAACCGUGGUGAAGGCCUAUGCUCCGAGUGGAGAAAAGGAUUUGGCCCUGGAACUCCACCAUGCUGGAUCAAGGCUUCCAACCGGACGGGAGAACCUUUGUGGCUGUUCUUGGUGCCUGCGGCAGCUUCGCAGCGGGAGGGCAGGGAGGUGGCUGGAAAAAAGGUGAAACUGGUCUCUCUGGAGAGAGCAAUGGCUUGUCACUCAGAGCUUUUCAGGAGGGGCCUUGAGUCUAACCGGUUUCAGGCAAGCUCGCUACUCGACUCUUACGUGAAGUGUGGAUCUCUGGAAGACGCUCGACGAGUUUUUGACAGGAUCCAAGACUGCAGUGUGUCGCUGUGGAACGUUAUGAUCCUUGGACAUGCGGUGAGCGAUCAAGGCGAGGUGGCUCUCGAGCUCUUUUCUCUCAUCCAACGCACUAGAGGUGGUGAGCCCGGACAUGUACAAGCGAGACAGAGACUCCAAGGACGAGAUCUUAAAGUCAGGUGGCUGGAAACAGGCAUGGCUUUGCACGCUUUGCUCGCCGAGCUCGGGCACGGCACAAACAUUUUUGUGGCAAACACGCUGGUGGACAUGUACACGAAAUGUGGAAUCGCGCGGCCGGUUUUCGAUAGCAUGCCAAGGCACAGUGUGGUUUCGUGGACUGCUAUGGUCUCGGGAUAUAUGGAGAGCAUGAAAGCGAGCUUUCGUUGAAGUACUUUGAAGCAAUGCUAGCUCAGGCUUAUCUUCCAGCGCUCAUGGCCUGCACAAGUCUGGCGGAGAAGGAAGAGGAGGCAGCGGGUUUUCCAGGCGAUGGAACAAUGGUGGUGAAAGUUUUGAGCCUGGAGAGAGGCAUGGUUGUUCACUCUCGAGCUCGAAGAUCUGGUGACGAGUCCAACUCGUUCGUGGCAAUGUCGCUUAUCGACAUGUAUAUGAAGUGUGGCAACCUUGGUGAUGCGAGCGAGUCUUUUCGCGACGAGGCAUCAAAGCUCGGUGCUGUGGAGUUCGAUGAUAAUGGCGCUUGCAGAAGGUGGUGAAGGCGAGAAGGCUAUGGAUUUGUUCCAGAGGAUGCAAGACGAAGGCGUGGAACCAGACUGUCGGACUUUCAUCACGGCUUUUAAGUCCGUGCUCCGGCCUUGCUAGCUACUCCAAGUACAAGCGCAUGGACAUGGCGAGACGGGUCUUGAAAAGGAUACAGCAGCGAACUAUAGUGUCAUGGAACGCGAUCAUCGGUGGCUACGUCGAGGCCGGGGAGCGCCACACGGCUUUAGAGCUCUUUCAAAGUUUGCAGCAGCAGCGAGAAGAUGCGGCACGAAAGUUCGAGCGUUUGGUGCCGCAUCUUCUCGUGCCAGCACUCAAGGCCUGCGGGAUGCUUGCAUUGCUCGAGGUUGGGAGAAAGAUUCAUGCCAGCAUCCGCGAGGCCGGGCUCAGCGACUGUGUUCUUUCUGGCCAACGCACUCAUCGAAGUGUGGAAGCAUGGGCGGUGUUUGCAUCGAUCCGGAAGCCUGGAACAACUUCUCGCCGAGUCGGUGCUGGAAACUUUCGAGAGGAUGAGGAAGGAUCGAUCGGUAGCUCCCGAUGGCACGACUUUCCUGUGGCUUCUCAGCGCUUGCAGCCAGUCGGGGACUGCAAGCGCUACUUGGAGGUCAUGGGCCAUCGCUGAUGCUGCUGUUCCUGCUGUCUUUCUCCGAGGAUUGCCAUUCCUGCGAGAGCGGUGUUCGCUUGGAGCUUUUCCAGCUUGCUCUUGAGAGCCCAAGAGAAUGAAGCAAAAAAAUGUGGCGUUUUCAAAUUUCCCGCUAGA